GUCAAAGCAGAGCAGUGAGCAGUCCAUGGAGGGACGAUGGGGUUGUGGAUGCUUCUUCUACUCCUUCUUCUCCUGCAAUUUCACCUUGGGCUCUGUGUUGCCCUCCCUGCACCUACUAAGGUCUCCAUCUCUUCCUUCAACUUGGAGCACACACUCAGCUUCCUGCCAGGCCCUGAAACGCCGCCCGACACCCACUUCACUGUCCAAAUCCUGCGUUUCAGGAAGAGCACAUGGAAACUAGUGACUGGCUGUUCAGAGCUGGUUGUUGGACAGACGUGUAACCUAACUCGAGUGCUCAAGGACCCGUUUCAGAGCUACCAAGCCCGCGUCCAGGCCUUCACACCCAACCAGAACCAGACCUCUAAGUGGACCAUAUCAAAGAGGUUCCUGCCCCAGUCAGACACUGUGAUUGGUCCUCCCGAUGUUUCUGUAUCCGGUUGUGGGAACUGUUUGCUUCUCUACGUCACUGUUCCCAAAACAUCAGGGCUACAGCAGGACAAGCAGCUUCAACUCCUCUACAGAGAUCUCCACAUCCACGUGCACAGGACCCGGGACGGGGUACAGUUCAAACUGAAUCUGGAGUACAAAGAGGAGAACAUGAUCUCGUACUUGCAGCCAGGUGUGGAGUACUGUGUGACGGUCACUGUGGCAGUAUUCUUCAACUCCAACUCUGUUCCCAGUAAACCUUUCUGUGCCUUCACCAGCCCUCCGCCCAGAAGCUCACUGAAUGUGGUCUUCUGCCUGCUGGGUGCGUUCUGUGUGAUCGGAUUCUUUCUCAUCGGAGUCGUGGUUUACGGCGGUCAGCUGAGCUACGAGUUAUUGAGACGACGCCUACCCAGAAGUCUGUACAUCGCCCUUCAAAGCCAGGACCGUGGGAGUGCAGCGCUGGAGCUCUCGGACCAGACUUCACCCCCCCACCCCCCACCCCCACACCCAGAUACACAACAGGGACUCCUCUGACUGCCUCCACAGUCCACAUUCCCCCCCCCCCCCCACUGAGGCGCAACUCUGAGACCAGAACAGCUUGUUUAGGUGGAGCUGAGUCGGCUGAAAAGGAAGAAGUUAAAGGAUAUAAAGGAUAAAGUUGAUCAUUUCAUACCUGACCGAGAUGUUUUUUUAUGAAUUAUAAUCAUCUUUUCUCUGCACAGAUAUUUCUAGUUUAUUCUGAGUUUAAAUUAGUUUGAGGAAGAGCAAGGUAUUGAUUUUAAAAAUGUUUAUAACCCAGAAAAAACUGGAUCAAAUGAGUAGGAACAAUGCAACAAUAAACUUUACAAAUACUGUAAUUGAUGUUUGACACUUGACCCGAGCAACCAAGUUAAAUAGGAAUAAUCAUAAUAACUCACUUUAAUUCAUGCAUUAGUUUACUAUCAUAUGUAUCAUAACUUCUUUAAAUGCUGCUAUUCAUUCUGCUUUGUCUCUUUGUUACCUCUCUGCCAGCUCUGUGUUUUAUUCACCAAAUGUUUGCGGCUAUCUCACCUUCAUCAGGUUGGUGACACCUACGCUGAGGUGGUGUACCACCCUGAUGAAGGUGAGAUAGUGAAAACAUGGUGAAGGAAAUACAGUGUCCUGGAGAGUUGCUGUGUAAACUCUGACGCACUGGUUUGCACCUGACUGUGAAUUUUAUCAAACAUCAAAAAGCUUCAAAAACCAUUCAUGUAACUUUAUUGAUUAUG